UUCUCUUUUAGCUUUUUCUCCAGUUUCCGUGCUUGCUGUGGCUAAUUGUGUGUGUGUGUAGAAGAGAGAAGAUAGAAGAGAGAUGGAAGGAGAGAGAGGAGCAGUAUGUGUAACAGGUGGAACAGGGUACAUAGGAUCAUGGCUGAUCAUGAGACUACUAGAGCUCGGUUACUCUGUCAACGCCACAGUUAGAUUCGACCCUGAAUGCAAGAGAGACAUCAGCUACCUUACAAACCUUCCUGGAGCAUCAGAGAGGCUGCAAAUCUUCAAUGCAGACCUCAACGAACCCAACAGUUUCAGUGCAGCCAUUGAAGGGUGCACAGUGGUUUUUCAUCUGGCUCAUCCCAUAGAUCACAGCGAAUCACAACCGGAAGAAGCAGAAACCAAAAAGGCAGUGGAAGGAACUCUAGGCAUUCUAAAGGCGUGCCUAAAUUCAAAGACUGUGAAACGAAUCGUAUACACUGCCAGUGGAGCUACUGUCAUGUUCAACCACAAAGAUCAAGGUGUGACAGAUGAGACUACAUGGACUGAUGUAGAUUUUUAUCGAUCCUUAAACAUCAGGUCCACUUCGUAUUUGAUUGCCAAGACGAAAACUGAGAGAGCAGCCUGGGAAUUUGCUGAACAACAUGGGUUGGAUCUUGUCAGUUUGAUUCCUCCUUUAGUUGUUGGUCCAUUCAUUUGUCCCAAUAUACCUAGCUCAGUGAACAUGGCUCUGGCUAUGAUCUUAGGUAAGCUGGAGUGUUUUAGGGGCCUGAUCAAUUCAAAUUUGGUGCACGUAGAUGAUGUGGCUAGUGCACUUAUCUUCCUCUUUGAGUUUCCUAAUGCCAAAGGGAGGUACAUAUGCUGUUCAAAUGCAAUGACAAAGUAUGAAUUAUGUGAAUUUCUUUCUGCCAAAUACCCAGAAUUUCAGAUACGAACAGCAGACAUUCUCAAAAUUGAAAGUUAUGAAGUACCACGAAUCUCAUCGAAGAAGCUCUUGGAUUCUGGAUUCAAAUUUAAGUAUGGUCUUGAUGAAAUGUUUGAUGGAGCAAUUCUAUGUGCCAAAGAAAAAGGGUUUCUUUAGUAGAGAUGUUGGGAGUAGUUUUUCUAUUGUCUAUUGUCUUAAAAUAUAUAUGAAGUCUAUGGUUAUGUGGUCUUAUUUAUUUUCCACCUUGUCCAGCUCCACUUACAAACUUCACAUUAUGUUGAUUAAGAAACAUAUCAGGUUUUGCCUAAUUUGAUUGCUGACUAUAUAGCAUGGUUCAAAGUUACGAUACCAGUCAUGACC